AGUGUUUUGAGAGCUUCCGCGAGGAUUUUAGCACACCAUCAGCGAAGGAGAAAGGAGAUUUGAGGCAUUGGGAAGAACAGGGAAAAAUUUUAGCAGCUUGGAGAAGUGGGGUUGCCGAGAAGCCGUUAAAGGUUGUUUAUUCGAAAUUGGGAGUUCGAGGGUCCUCAGAGAUCAAUUGUCUCCAGUUUCUUCCGAAGGAAGAAGCAGGCGGCUUAAUGACCCACCAUGUAGAUGAGCACAACUGUUACAAUCACCACAUCGAUCACCACAACGGUGCUGAUCAUUCCUUUCGAUUCACCUCCGAUUAUGUAGACCUACCACACUCCUACAAUGCCCAUCACAUUGCCACAUCCAUCCUCCAAGGUUUUAUAUUACAACUCGUCCACAAGAUCACAGAUAUCAGUAAUAGUAAGUUUGAUGCUUUGUAUUUAUCAUGGAUGAAGAUCCUGAUUGAGGUUUGGGAUAUGUGGUUCGAAGAAUGUGAGCUGAAUCAACAGAACUUCGAGACUGAGGCCAUAACUAGUUUGAGAAAAUUUCACUGAAAUCUGCAAGAAGUGGCAGAGUUCUAUCUAGAUAGACAAGGAUUUUUGGAUUGAGUUGUCAAAAGCGCGAACCUCUCUUGAGUAUUGCGGGACGAGGGAGAUGACCCAACAGAAUCAGGCUUACCUCAAACUGUAGGGGCAUUGGUACCUCCUUACACAUAGUGAGGCUCGGGUUCACAUACUGAGUACAGGAGGUGGAUAGUAAGAUGUAUUCCUUGCAUCAACAGGAUUUCUACAAUUACAUUUUUUUCUAACCUUUAUAUGUUAACUGAGGUUGACGCUGGGAUGAGAUCCCACAAUUACCAUGUUGCAUGCCCGCUCAUUAGUGUCAGACAAAGUGCCGGUGGGUCGAUGACAUACUUUGCCAUGUCCAUGACGAGCAUGUGUGCCUGAAGGAUUCGCGGAGUUAGAGCCCAGCAAUAGUUGGUAGCUAUAGUGUUUAACUAACUGCCCAGAGUUGAGACCUGGAGAGAAGCUGUCAAGGGGAAAAAUAAGGGGAGGAUCUACAGCUUCGGUGCCAAGGAAUUUGUUUAUGAGGUGCAUCUCUCUAAUUUUAGCUAGAGGUCAUCAUUGGUUGAUGGCAAUGUUUUCAGACAUGUGGUCGCACUGACGAAGGAGUUGAUUAACAGCUUCGCUACUGAAGUACGUGAGAUAGAGUCCAGGAUUAAUGAGACGGAGCAAGCUAUUCAUGCCGUGGUUAAUAGGAUCGAGGCGAGUACUGAGUAAGUGCAGCGUCACACACGUUGUUGUUGCAAAUUUUCUUUGGCCAAGGAGGAAUAAAAUAAUUAGUUUCUUUUUCUCUAUCUGUGUAGAACUUUGUUUGUAUUUCUUUCAUUUAUUCUACAGGCACUAUUGUAUUGGAAGAUUUGUUGGUAUUUGUGGUUAUCUUUAUUUUGCUUUUAUUCA